AUGGACACCAGCACUCCAAGAGCAAAUGCAGCUUUCGUCGUCUUAGCAAGAAACAGGGAACUGGAAGGUGUUAUUCAAUCCAUCAAAUCUAUCGAACGGCAUUUCAACCGAUUCUACAACUAUCCGUACGUCUUUCUUAACGACGGAGAUUUCGACCAGACCUUCAAGGACACUGUCUCCAACUAUACCAGUGCCCCCUCAGAGUUUGGUAAAAUCGAUCCUUCUAUGUGGGGAUUUCCCGAUUGGGUCGACCCCGAAGUGGCUAGGGAAGGAAUUAGGAAGCAAGGAGAUGCUGCUAUCAUGUAUGGUGGUAUGGAGAGUUACCACCAUAUGUGUCGAUUUUACUCCGGGUUCUUUUACAAGCACGAAUUGCUCAUGAAGUAUGAGUGGUACUGGCGUCUGGAACCAGAUAUCAAAUAUUUCUGCGACAUCACCUAUGAUCCGUUCCUAAAAAUGAUCGAGCACAAUAAAACCUACGGAUUUACAAUUGCCGUCAAGGAGCUCAGAGAGACUGUUCCAAACAUCUUCCGCUAUGCAUCAGCCUACAAGAGAACCAACAAUAUCACCUCGCAAGGCCUCUGGGAGAUGUUCCUAGAGGAUCCCCCAGAACCGAAAGAGACUGUCAAAGACACCGCUAACGAAGCGCCAUUGCCAGAUGAGAUAUUGCAAACUCAACCGGGCGACAAAGGCAUUAAAGACAUCGACCCAGAGGCUAUGGAGGGAGAGAAAUACAACAUGUGCCAUUUCUGGAGCAACUUUGAAAUCGCUCGACUCGACUGGUUCCGAAGCAAGGAGUAUGAGGACUUCUUUACCAUGAUGGACAGAAGUGGCGGUUUCUGGAUGGAACGAUGGGGUGACGCACCCAUUCAUUCCCUUGCGGCAGGUAUCCUUCUGGCGCCCAAAGAUAUCCAUUACUUCCGCGAUUUCGGAUAUCGACAUACGACCAUCCAGCAUUGCCCAGCCAAUGCCCCCGCCCGUCAACGGGAUCGAAUUCCUUUUCUUGAAAUGACCACUGAAGAUGAGAAGAAGCGCCAGGAGGAAGAUGAAUAUUGGGAUACACCGGAUACGCCGAAAGAAAACGGAGUUGGGUGCCGCUGCAGAUGUGAUACGGAUAUUGUGGACGUGGAAGGCAAACAAGGAAGUUGUCUGGCGGAAUGGGUCGAAGUUGCUGGAGGCUGGGCAUCACCCUGA